AUGGCUUUUGCACGUCAUCUUCCCGUUGACAUGUCUCUUUUGCGUCUUCAAGACAACCACGUUGUUAAGGCAAUUUGGGAAGGAAGUGAAAGAGUUCUUCGACCCAGAAGACAUGCAUUAUGGAUAACAAAGCAUGUCGAUGAACUAGACGAAAGAGUUAUCAACAUACUACAAGCAGUCGGUUUUCACCAUAUUUUGAAGGUGUCAAAUAUGGAAAUAAAUCACAUCCUAGUCACUGCUUUAGUGGAAAGGUGGAGAAUUGAGACUCAUACUUUCCACUUGCCUCUGGGGGAGACUGCGGUAUCAUUGGAAGACGUUGCAUUGCAACUAGGGCUUCCGAUUGAAGGUAAUGUUGUCACUAUCAUCAGCAGUAGACCUCUGACAUUAUUUUGCCAGCAAUUAUUAGGGCAUGUUCCACUGGAAAACACUAUCAGGGGCAACAAAAUCAAAUUGUCGUGGCUGAAUAAUACAUUUCGGCAGUUACCUCAUGAUGCCCCCGAUGAGGUAGUGGAACAAUACGCUCGAGCGUACUUGUUGUUGAUAAUUGGCAACAUACUAAUAAAAGAUACUUUUGCAAGCAUGGUACAUUUGAUGUAUCUACCAGUUUUAGCUGACUUGCAGAUGGUGGUAAACUACAGCUAG